AUGGAUAUAACGACGGCGGUGUUCAACGCGGCCAGAGAUGGUAAGCUGAAACUUAUCCAGAAGUUGCUGAGCAACAAAACUCCCGAAGAGCUCGAGGCUUUGGCCGAAGAGAAGACACAGGGAGGCACCCCUCUCUUGAUAGCGUCGCGAUACGGACAUUUAGAUGUCGUCGACUACCUCCUUGUACAUUGCAAAGCCAACGUGGAACUCGGAGGCUCGGUCAACUUUGACGGCGAAACUAUCGAGGGGGCUCCUCCGUUGUGGGCGGCGUCGGCGGCCGGCCACCUUCCGGUGGUCAAGACGCUUCUUAAACACGGCGCCUCGGUGAACAACGCCACGCUCACAAACUCCACUCCCCUCCGAGCCGCCUGCUUCGACGGCCACUUGGAAAUCGUCCGCUACCUGGUGGAACACAGAGCUGACAUGGAGGUGGCCAACAGACAUGGCCACACCUGUCUCAUGAUCUCCUGCUACAAGGGCCACAAGGACAUCGCCAAGUUCUUACUGGACCGCGGUGCCGACGUCAACCGUAAGAGCGUCAAAGGCAACACGGCCCUCCACGACUGCGCCGAAUCCGGCAGCUUGGACAUCAUGAAGAUGUUGCUGAAGUGUAGCGCCCGUAUGGAGCGGGACGGCUACGGGAUGACCCCGCUCCUGGCCGCCAGCGUGACUGGACACACCAACAUCGUGGAGUACUUGGCCCACCAGCCUCGCGCUUCCAGGGAAGAACGAAUAGACGCGUUGGAACUGCUGGGAGCCACUUUCGUGGACAAGAAACGUGAUCUUCUGGGGGCCAUGAAGUACUGGAGACGAGCCAUGGAGCUGAGGCAGCCGGGGGAAAAAGCCGGGUGCUUGAGCAAGCCCCCUCCCGGGCCGCCCGUCCCCGCGUACGGCUGCGCGCGGGAGGUCAACAACUCCCAAGAACUGGAAGCGCUGAUCACCGACCCCGACGAGAUGAGGAUGCAGGCCUUGCUGGUCCGCGAGCGCAUCCUGGGCCCGUCCCACCCGGACACCUCCUACUACAUCCGCUACAGAGGGGCGGUCUACGCCGACUCAGGCAAUUUCGAAAGGUGCAUCAGCUUGUGGAAAUACGCUUUGGAUAUGCAGCAAAACAACUUGGAUCCCCUCAGCCCCAUGACGGCCUCCAGUUUCCUGUCCUUUGCCGAGCUCUUCUCCUUCGUGCUCCAGGACCGCGCCAAGGGCACCAUGGCCACGCGCGUUACCUUCCACGACCUGAUGACGGUGUUGGGCAAAAGCGUGCGAGAGGUGGAGCGAACUGUGGCGCAGAAGGACAAUCCGCCGGAAGCUCCUCAGUUCACCAAAGCGCUGGCCAUCAUCCUCCAUCUCAUCUUCCUGCUGGAAAAGCUGGAGUGCAACCCGGAGCAGGAGCACCAGAAGAAGCACACCGUCUACCGUCUGCUCAAGCUGAACCCCCGCGGCCGCUGCGGUUACACGCCGCUCCAUAUGGCGGCCGACAAGGAGACCACCUCGGUGGGCCGUUACCCGGUGGGCCGCUUCCCCUCGCGGGCGGUGGCGGCACUGCUGCUGGAGUGCGGCGCCGACGUGGACGCGCGGGACUGCGACAACAACACGCCGCUACACGUGGCCGCCUGCAACGGCUGCCCGGAGAUUAUGGCGCUGCUGGUCAAGGCCGGCGCGCACUUCGACGCCACCAACGCACAGAGGAAGGCGCCCUACCAGCUUUUAGAAGAGCACAAUAUCGGACACCCGGCGCUCUGCCCGCUUAACUACGUCACCCUUCAGUGCCUGGCCGCUCGCGCCGUGGAAAAGCACAAACUUCCUUACAGGGGGCUCAUCUCGGAGGAGAUGGAAGCGUUUAUCGAGCUGCACUGA